CACAUCAUGACUUGAACUGUCAGAUGCGUUGUUGAUUUCGGGAAGAAAUAUAAGAAAUAAACAUUUUUUUAUUAAAUAAUUAUGUUAAACUAGAGGAAUAAGCUUUAAAAUGGAGUAUUUUAGAAGCGGGCUGAAAUCAGUUCUCGGCACAACAACGCCAGGAAACCAACCCACUGGCGCAGAAAUUGUGGAGAGAUUGGUUAGCCGAGUUAGUACGUCGACUUUAUUAGAAGACAGGCGAGAUGCUUGUAGAGCUCUUAAAGCUUUAUCUAAAAAAUAUAGAUUAGAAGUCGGUGCUCAAGGAAUGGACAUACUGAAACAAGUUUUAGAACUAGAUCGUAGUGAUUGUGAAAUAAUAGGUUAUUGUUUAGACACGCUAUGUAACAUAACGUCUAAAGAUACUUUCGAAGAAGAAAGCGAGAAUAACAUAAACAUGCAAGUCAAUGUGGGCGAGCAAUUCACAGAAAUGUUUUUAAAAAAUCCUGAAAAUGUUACUUUAAUUUUAACCUUUUUGGAAGAGUAUGAUUUUCGUGUAAGAUGGCCAGCCAUUAGAUUAAUGACAUCUUUAGUUUGUUCCAAACCAAAAGAUGUACAAGAUAUAAUACUAGUCAGCCCUAUGGGGGUUUCAAAAUUAAUGGAUUUAUUAUUAGAAAAUAGGGAGGUGAUUAGAAACGAUGCAUUACUCUUACUAAUUAACUUAACAAAAUCUAAUGCAAAUAUUCAAAAAAUAGUUGCAUUUGAGAAUGCUUUUGAUCGUUUAUUCGAUAUAAUCAAAGAUGAAGGGUGGACUGAUGGUGGUAUUGUAGUGGAAGACUGUUUACUUCUAAUGUUAAAUCUUCUCAAGAACAAUAAUAGUAACAUUAAUUUUUUCCAAGAAGGUGCUUAUCUUCAAAAAAUUUCCCCAAUGUUUGAACUGCCACCUAAUUUAGAAGAAGUAGGUUGGAGUCCUCAAAAGGUAUCAAAUUUUCUUUGUGUUUUACAACUAGUUCGUACAGUAGUAUCCCCAAAUAAUUCUGCUCAGAUCAUCACAGCUUGUCAGAAGACUAUGAGGAAUGCCAAUUUGUUAGAAGCCCUAAGUAACAUAUUAAUGGCUAGUGGGGUACCUGCUGAUAUUCUCACAGAAACUAUUAAUGCUGUAGGUGAAGUAAUAAGAGGAAAUCUAACUAACCAAGAAUAUUUUGCCAACGUAUUGGCCCCUUCAAAUCCACCUAGACCUGCCAUAGUAGUUCUAUUAAUGUCAAUGGUUAAUGAAAAGCAGCCAUUUACUUUAAGAUGUGCAGUUCUCUACUGCUUUGAAUGUUUCUUAUUCAAAAACGAAAUUGGACAAGAACUAGUAGUCCAAACACUCUUGCCCAGCAACGCUGGCGUAUCAAAUCUAAGCAUGGGUCAAAUUUUGUGCAGUGGCAUAUUUAGUAAAGAUCACUUGAGUAAUUGGUUUUCAGCUGUUGCCUUAUCCCAUUGCCUUAUAGAAAACCCAGCCCAAAAGGAGCAGCUACUGAGAGUACUAUUGGCUACUAGCUUGGGCGCGCAGCCUGUCAGCUUGCUCCACCAGAGUGCUGUGUUUUUGCAGCACACUAGUAAAUUGCAAGCCAAGUUAGGGAUUUUGAUGUUAUUAGCACAGUGGAUGGCACAUUCACCAGAGGCUGUGAAAGUAUUUCUAAAUGUGCCUGGAUCUAUGGCUUACUUGACUGCUCAAACUUCUGCUAGUGAGUUUGAUAACAAUGAAGAACUGUUACAGGGUUUGUGUGCUUUUCUAAUGGGUCUUUGUGUGUUAUACAAUGACAAUUCUGUACCAAACUAUUCCAAAGAAAAUCUAAGUCAACUUAUAGAAAAGCGAGUCGGCAUAGACACAUAUUGCAAAAAACUAGUCGAAAUAUCCAGGCAUGAAGUGUAUGCCAAGGCAGCAAAGCAACCACAAAUCAAAUCCAAACAUUCCAGCGAACUUCUAUUAGAAUUCGAAUUCUGCAAACUUCUAAAAACUCUAGAAGGAGUCAUUAUCCAAGCGCUGGGCGUGCAGAGAGACCUCUCGAAUGGAAUGUCAGAGUUGAGUUUAAACGAACAUGAAAAUGCCCUGUUAUUGCAGUAUAAGGAACUGAUUAGGGACCAGGAUAAGAAGCUUCAAGAUAUGCAGAAAUCUAUGAAUAAUAUGCACAAAACCACUCAGGGAUUAGAGACGCAAAUCAAAGAAUUGCAAGAAACCAACACACAACUAAUCGACCAAAACACUUUAUUAAAAGCCCAGCUAGCUGUCAACCCUUCAAACGUCACAAACGGUCCUCAAAUAAUUGAAUCGAUCAAACCGUUGUCGUCGAGCAUUGAAUCGUCGUUGCUCGAACGAGUUAAAACGUUAGAAAUCGAAAGGGACGAGGCGAAAAAAGAGAUAGAAAGAAUCAGGAAGGAUCAGGAUGAUUUGUUGGAGCUACUGACUGAUCAGGACUUAAAAUUGAACACGUUCAAGCAACGUUUAAGGGAUUUAGGGGAGACCAUCGAUGACGAUGAUUCGGAUAACGAUAAUAAUUCCGAUGGUUUGGAAAAUGAAUCGUGAUUUAUAUUUUUUUUUUUUGAGCGGGCAAGCGGAAUGUAUCUCUGAAUUAUGCGUACAGAUUUGUUGUGCCAUGUCUGCGUAAAAAUAUUUGUUAAAUGUAAAUAAGUGAAAAAUGUGUUGAAGUAUAAGCUAUUUUAAGUAAGAGAUAUUUUUCGACUUGCUCGAUUCGAUUUUAAAGCUGCAUUUUAUAUUAAUAAAUGAAAAUGUUAAAUAUA